AUGUCUAAAGUAAUAAGAAGACUGAGAAACAUUAAAAUCAAGUCUAGAAGGAAAUCAAAAGCUGAUUCAAAAAUUAUUGAACCAUCAUACCCAAGAUCAAACGGUAUUCAAGAAAUGAAAUGUGUCAAGUUAAUUCAUCAGAGAGGUAAAGGAUGUCCAUUGGCUGAGAUGAACAGUAACGAUAAGGUAUUUCAUGUCAUUGCAACUGAAGGAAUGUCAGUUGGUAAGAUAUACACAAUGGGAAAUGAAAAGAAAUCAAAUCCAGGAAAUAUUUUGAAAUUAAAAAACGUUCCAGAAGGUUCAUAUGUUCACUCUUUGGAAUAUGUUUUUAAUGAUGGAGGAAAAGUUGCUAUGACAGCAGGAUCUAAAUGCACUAUUGAGAAUCAUAGAAGAGAAGAAAAUGAGACUGUCAUUAAGUUACCUUCUGGUGUCAAGAGAGUUUUUUCAUCUGAAGUUAGAUGUAUAGUUGGUGUAUGUGCUUCAGCUGGUAUUAAAGAUAAACCACUUCUUAAGGCAGGAGUAGCUCACCAUCUUAGAAAGAGUCGUGGCCAAAGAUUCCCAAUAGUACGUGCAGUUGCAAUGAACCCAGUUGACCACGCUCAUGGAGGAGGUAGUCAUCAACAUAUUGGUACAUCAUCAUGUAUUUCAAAAAGAGCACCAGAGGCACAGAAAGUUGGUUUGGUUGGAGCAAGACGUACUGGUUAUCAGAAAUAA